UUCAUAAGGCUUCCAAGUGUUAGAAAUAGCAACUGUGUCCCUCAACUGUGUCCCUACACAGACGAUCCUAUAUAAAAUGACAGGAUGGUCAUAGAUGGAUUGUCUGCUCAAUCAGGGUCCAUCAAGUGCUAAACAUUAUCAUUAUCGUAACAAUAACAUCAACAGCCAUUGUUGACAACAAUCAGCAUCACAACAAACACUACAGUCAACAUCUGGCAUUUCCACUGCCACCGUCACCAGCAUCACCACCACCACCACUACUACAAACAUCAUCAACACUAACAUGAGUAACAACAAUACAUUUAUGUAGGAAGGAGGGAGUUAACCAACAGUGACUACUACUGCUACCACUUCUACUAGUAUUACUACAGUUGCUACUACUACUACUGUUGCUACUAUUGCAGCAGCUAUUGCAGCUGGUGCUGCUUCUACUGCUGCUACUACUACUACUUCUGCUGCUGCUGUUACUGCUGCCGUUGUAGCAGUUUGUGUGAGACAGCAGUCUUUAGUGGUGUGGAACUGUGGUUACAAUGCCAGAGCUCUGUUACCAACAUGGGAUGUGGUUUGUCAAAUUUACGCCGCUCAAAGUCGAGGAGAACGGCUGCAGUGGAGGACGACUGUACAGUGAUUCAUGGAGGCCGUGAUAAAGGCAAAGUGAAGAUCCAUUAUGGCAAGGAGGUCUCUUUAAUUGCAGCUGACCCCAAACUCAUCUUCAUAUUCGGUGGACCAGGAUCAAAAAAAGGCGCUAUUGUUAAUGAGUUAAUGUGCACAUUUGGAUUUACUUUAAUUAAUGCAGAAAGAAUCAUUUUACAAAGACUUAUGAAGAACCUGGAUGAUCAGCAAGAUUCCCUUGAUUGUUCAGCGGCUGUAAAAAGACUUUUAAAGGACCAACCUGAACUGGUGUGUCUUGACUGGGUUAUGCAAGAAAUUAUAAAACAACUAGAUAAAAGACCAAAGGGAUUUUAUUUGGUUGAUGUUCUUCCAAACCUAAAAGUCCUCUUAAAGUUGGAUGGACUUCUCAAAAAUACGGGCGAGGAAUUAAGCAAACUUGAAGCUAAGUACCCAGUGUCAUUUGCAAUAAACAUGGACAAACCUUUAGUGAAGAAACCAAGUCAUUCAGAAAAUUCUAAUUCCAAGAAAAACAAGAGUUCUGGAAGUAAUACUCACACAGAUGAAGCAGAUUAUUCUAGAACAGAGAAACGGUUAACACUCUAUGGAAAUGCUGUGAAACCUUUCUUGGAAUAUUUCCGUAAAUCAGAGAAAAUGAUUUCAAUAGAUUCUUCAUCGGGUAAAAUCGACACAAUUUGUUCAAUUCUCACAGACUUUAUGACCUCCUUGAAUAUGCAAAGUCAGAAAGCAAUCAGUACUGAGGAGGAGGAGGAGGAGCCAACAUUCUUGAAAGUUUGCCUAAAUCCAUGGAACUCUGCAGAAGAGUGCAACUCAAUCAGAGACACAUACCUUGUAAAUUAUAUUUGUUUAAAGGACCAUAACGAACUUGAUGAUUCAUCACCAGAGAAGCUAUUCCAAUGGUUGUGUUGUUACAUUGCCGAAAAUCAGUAUGAGAAUCGGAACUUCCUUAUUAAUAUGGUCGGAAUUGAUAUCAAUUCUAAUUCAUUUAAUCAAACAUCUAACAAGAAACCAGUGCUCUUCUUUGAAGUCAAUAAUUCUGUUUUGAAGAAAUACAUGGAAUGCCGUACACGAGACGUGAAACAGCAGCUGAAGGAAGUGAAGACAGUCAUCUCAACUGAAAAUGAAGUUUACUUGUUCUCUCCAGACACAGAUUCAGAACUUUGCAAGCACAUAGCAUGGUGCUUCACUGAGUACCGUGAAAGUAUAUAAGGACUUGAGCUGCUCAAUGACUCAUUAUCAACAUUUCCUGCUCGUCAUUGCUGCCAUUCUAUAAUUCCUGGACAUUAUAACCAAAGUUUUCCUAAUUCCAAACCCAUUCACUCUUCCUUCCCUCCUCCUUGUUUCAUCUCUUAAAUAUUUUAUUUUUGGUUAUUUUUGUAGCAUAAUUAUUGAAAAAUGAACUGAUAUAUCGUCAUGAAUAACAUCUAUAAAUAUACAUACAUACAUAAAUAUAUACACAUAUAUAUGCAUAUAUGAAAUACAUAGAUACAUACACACCCAUAUAUGUAUAUGCAGCGAAGGAGGCAUCAUUCAAAAGCUAAACCAAUACAAAGUGCAUUGUGAUCAGUGAUGUGUAACACUAUCCAAUAGUCUUGUCAAUACUUUGGUGUAUGUGUGUGUGUGUGUGUAUUGAAAGAAAGAAAAUGGAGAAUUCAUUAUUAUCUAUUUUCUUUCUUUCAAUAUUAAUAAUAUGAACUUCUAUAAUAAUCCCUAACAUAUACUCAAGACGUUCUCCUUAUUUAUAGUGAUUAACCAGUGGAACUUUUGGAUUACUUAAUCCCUAAUGAGGACCUGACAUCAAAUGCUGCUUCCUACAAGCAUGGAAUUCGCUGUACUCUGAUUAGACCCCAGAAGGGACCUAACAAUCUAAAAACAGCCCAAGGAAACAAUCCUCUGUUCCCCUUCUUUUGGCUCACAAGCCACAAGAACUGGUCUAAGGGAGAUAAUGCAUCCUCACUGACUCUGGACUCCUUAUUCUGUGGAGAAUUACUGACCAAAUGACCAUAAAGGUCCCAGAAGUGAAGAAUUAUAUUUGUCUUUGGCUUAAGAAUCUGAUAGGAUGUUCAAGAGGUUAAGCCCUUUGUGGAUGGGAAACCAAUGGUCACUCUAUAACUGGACAUAGUCUGAAAUACUUAUAAAUAUAUAUGCGUAUCUACAUAUACAUACACACACACACACACACACACACACAUAUGCGUAUAUAUAUAUAUAUAUAUAUAUAU